AUGGGGCCCGUCGCCAUUGCCGGCCCCGAGCACGACCUCACCUCCCGCGUCCUCUUCCUCCCGGCGUGCACGGGCCAGAGAAUAACACCACCAGUUAAUAAUAAAACCAGAGGAGGAAGUGGAGAGCCCUUGCGCGUUCCUGCCGGCCACCGCGUCGCCGGCCCGGCGGCUCUUCUCCUUGGCCGUUCCUCGCCGACCAGGCUGCGGUUGUUAAUGCCGUCCUCUGUGCAGAUGAAAGGGGCUCAGGAUAGGAAGCAGAAGAAGAAGCAGGACCUGCAGGUGCUGGCGCCAUUCCCCGGCUGCCUCGGCAGGGUCAUCAACAUGUUCGACCUCAGCAACGGCGUCGUCGCCACCAAGAUGCUCACCGACAAGGCGCACCGAGACGUUUCUCCGGCUGGCAAGGACCGGAGCGGUAGUUUCAAGAUGGCGAGCAAUCAGUUUCCGGCUCAGAUGGAAGAUAAACAUAGAGACAGUCAGCAAAGGAGGAGCUCUCCAACGAAAAGAUCAAACUCGCCCACCAACAGAUCUGGUGUGUCACCCGUCAAGAUGCUCAUGGAGCAGGACAUGUGGAGAGAAGGGGUGCCUGAUGAUGAGCCUCUCAAUGUUGUUGCCAGGUUGAUGGGUCUGAACGACGCACCAUCCGUCCACCAAUCUGAUUUGGGAUCAGGAAGACGGUUCAGUAAGGAAGACGAUGGCCGAAAUGUCAAGCCAAAGAAGGAAAGCAGAUGCCAUCAGAACCAGAAGGCAGGCACGCGGCAUGAGGAGACAUGGAGACGUGAUCAGCCUUCGAAGAUCGAUAGCAGCAAGAACAGACACCAAGGAAAUGAUCCUUCUUGUGAGAGGAGAAUGUCCCUUGUCCGCGAGAAGUUUGCUGAAGCAAAACGUCUGGCUACGGACGAGAAGCUUCUCCAUUCAAAGGAGUUCCAAGAAGCGUUGCAGUUUUUGAGCUCAAAUAAAGACUUGUUCCUGAAGUUCCUAGAUGAGCCAACUCCUCUGUUAUCAAACAAUCAUUAUGGGUUCGAUCCUGUUGCACCACCUUCAGAAAUAAAGCAAAUAACCAUACUGAAACCAGCAGAAUCAGUGAAGAGAAAGGGCAACAUUCAUGCCGGGAGGCAGCUAUAUUCAGAGGGAAAUGAAGCUGAAGGCAACAGAUGCUGGCGCCACCAGAGCUUAAAUGUCAACCCGGCAAAUUCAACUUUGUCCGAACCAACAAGAAUUGUAGUACUAAAGCCAGGACUUCCAAAGUCUCAUGAAGAUAUGAUCCCAGUGUCCUCAUUAGAAUCAUCAACAGAACCAGAUAGUGACGACGAUAGUGUGAUGGCAGUUGAUGAAACAGUAUCCUCAAGAAGACUGGCCAAGGAGAUCACUUGGCAGAUGAGGAUGCGCUUAAAAGAUAGCCAGGAUGAAGAUAGUUCGGUCUCUUAUGAAUACCAUGAUACUUACGUUGAAAAUAGCUCCUUUAGUAAGUCAGAGGUUGAAACUGCUAAAGAAGUGUCUGGUGAAAUAAGUGAGGAUCUGGAGUUUGGUACUCCCACAUCUGGCCGUUCCUGGGAUUUCCUGAGCCGGAGUGACAGUCCUUACUCUGCAUCAUGUUCUAGUCGGGCAUCCAAUCGGCGUGAACCGUCGGUGGUUAAGGAAGCCAAAAGGCGGAUUUUGGAGAGAUGGUCGGUGGUAUCGUCAACUGUUAGCGGUGAGGAAGAAAGGGGAGCACGUAGAAGUGUCGGCACUCUAGGUGAGAUGCUCACAAUCCCUGAAGGGAAAAAGGAUCAGGAGGAGUGUGGGGGAAUAACAUUAGAGAGCAGAUCGCCUGAGCUGGAUACUGCAGAUCCUUUCUCAUGUUUGCCAAGGUCUCGGUCUCUUCCAGUUUCUUUGUCUUAUGGAGGCAGGGAGUCGAACAGAGUUGCCGUUGGUUCUCAGGAAGCUGACAAUGAAAAAAGUAGGAAGUCAUCAUCAUUCAGGGAAAGAGUUUCCAGCCUGUUCUCUAAAAACAAGAAAUCAGCUCGGGAGAAGUUAGGUCCACCUGGAGUUUUGUCUGCUAAUAAUACACUCAAGAAUGGAAGUCCCAUGGCUAUUAGUGAUGGUAGUGAAGGCUCUAGCCAUUUUACACUGGAGAAUCCACAUAAAACUACUUUGCUUGAUGCUGAUGAGGAUGCUCUGCAAAGAAUCAUGGCUAGUUCUUGUCACACUAAUAAUGUGGCCAGCAUCCCUGCCAAGGGUGUUUCUCCUUUGCCAAGUCUUGGUGUCCCAGGAUUCUUUGGUGAGUCUCAAGAGCAACCAAGCCCUGUGUCCGUACUGGACCCGGAUGGACCGUUUCUCUGUGAUAACAAUAGGAGGCUACUGUACUCAACUGAAAAUUUCAUCACCGCAUCCCCACAAAUCGUGUCCAGGUCUCCACAUAUCGGAUCAUUUUCAAGAUCCUUGUCAUGGGAAGAUCCCCCAUCAGAAGUGAUGUCACCAAAUUCUUUGAGACUAGCAAGGCUUUUCUCCAAGGCUGAUGAUGAUCAAGACUCGUUGACGAUUAUCCAGAAGCUAGUCUCCUCAGCUGGCAUGGAUAGAAAAAGUUGCGUAUUAGCCAGCCCUCUGGACCCAAGGUUGCUUGAGAAGUUGUCAGAUCACCAAGCAGAGGAGAUCAAGUCGAGGGAAAAGCGGUCAAAAGAGAGGCUUCUCUUUGAUGCCGUCAAUGAGGCGCUCACCGAGCUUACUUGGACAACAGAACUGUCCGCGUACCCAUGGGGCCGGACAUUUUGUUCGCAACGCAAAGAUCGUGAUGAUGAUUCCUCCUGUAACUCCGCCGCCGAUGAAAUUUGGCGGGUUAUAAGGAACUGGUCGAUACUCGACAAGUAUCCGCCCGGCGAAGUCAUCGAGAGGAACCUUCUGCUGGAGAUGAUCCUGAAGAGGGAGGUGGUGGAGACCGCCACCGCCGACACGACGCGGCUAGAGACGUUUGAAGUCUGCGCCAUGGUUUGCACGGUGGUUUUGGAGGACCUGCUUGAGGAGGCCCUUGUAGAUUUGACUAACAGCACCUAG